AUGGACACGGCGAGGAUGAGUUCCUUCCUCGAUUACCCCAUCCUCAGCGCAGAGUCCGGGGCAUGCUCUUCCCGAGCCCAUCCUCCCCCAGAUCAUGGGAUUACAACUUUCCAGUCCUGUGCGGUCACUGCCAGUAACUGCAACGGAGAUGAUCGCUUUAUGGUUGGCAGAGGGGUCCAGAUAAGUCCCCAUCACCACCACCAUCACCAUCACCACCACCAGACCGGUGCCUACCAGCAUCACAACAACAACCUGGGCAUGUCCUACUCGCACUCUAGCUGUAGCCCGGGAUAUGGCACCCAGAACUUCAGCGCGGGUUACAGUCACUACGCACUAAAUCAGGAAGCAGAUGUAAGUGGAGGGUAUCCCCCAUGCACCCCGGCCGUUUACUCUGGAACUAUCUCAUCUUCCAUGGUCCAGCAUCAUCACCCCCACCAAGGUUAUGCUGGGGGCACGGUGGGUCCCGCUCAGUACAUUCACCCCCCAUACGGACAAGAGCAGCAGAAUCUGACUCUAGCGAGUUAUAGUAAUUCCUUAUCCCCUCUCCAUGCCAGCCACCAAGAAGCUUGUCGCUCUCCUUCUGCAGAGACCUCGCCUCCAGCACAAACCUUUGACUGGAUGAAAGUUAAAAGAAAUCCGCCUAAAACAGGGAAAGCUGGAGAGUACGGAUACGUAGGUCAGCCCAACACCGGGGUUAGAACCAAUUUUACCACUAAGCAGCUCACAGAACUGGAGAAAGAAUUCCAUUUCAACAAGUACUUGACAAGGGCCAGAAGGGUGGAGAUAGCUGCUUCACUGCAACUUAAUGAAACACAGGUGAAGAUCUGGUUCCAGAACCGUAGGAUGAAGCAGAAGAAAAGAGAGAAGGAGGGGUUGCUACCCAUUUCCCCUGCUACCCCGACAGGAAGUGAAGAAAAAACAGAGGAAUCAUCAGAAAAGUCCAGUUCAUCCCCAUGUACCCCUUCACCAGCUUCAUCUACCUCAGACACUCUAACUACCUCAAACUGA